CGUUGGCUUAUCAUGGAUAUAUCAGUCAACAUACUGAGAAUGCUAAGACAAGACGUACGCGUAUCACAAAUUAGAACAAUUUUCGGUCAAAGUUGUAUAAUAAUUUUCUAGUUUCUAUCCAAAGAGGUAAAAGCAUAAACUCAAAUAAGUUCUUCGAUGAUGGCAUUUUUCUUUGGGGCUUAAGAAAAAUUACAAAAAAAAAACAUCAAGUGCUUUUGCUAAGAUGAAUCGAAAAACUACUAUAAUUGUAGUAGUCGGAAUUGUUUUGUCCUGGAGCCGAAUGGUCGAUUUAAGAAGUCCAAGUAACGCACAUUCUCAGGAUACUGUAUCCGUUUCCCUGCCUGGAGACAUAAUACUCGGAGGGUUAUUUCCCGUUCACGAGAAAGGCGAAGGUUCUCCAUGUGGACCAAAGGUAUAUAAUAGAGGAGUUCAACGCCUGGAGGCAAUGCUGUACGCCAUUGAUCGCGUCAACAACGACUCCGAUAUACUGCCUGGCAUAACGAUAGGGGUCCAUAUACUCGACACCUGCUCCAGAGAUACAUAUGCUUUGAAUCAGUCGCUGCAGUUCGUUCGAGCAUCUCUCAAUAACCUCGACACGUCGGUAUUCGAGUGCUCGGAUUCGUCAAGCCCACAGCUGAGAAAAAACGCUUCGUCGGGCCCCGUUUUCGGAGUUAUUGGCGGAUCAUAUAGUUCUGUGUCCUUGCAAGUUGCCAACUUGCUGCGUUUGUUUCACAUUCCUCAAAUUUCACCAGCUUCAACCGCCAAAACGCUUUCGGAUAAAUCACGCUUUGAUCUGUUCGCCAGAACUGUACCGCCAGACACAUUUCAAUCCGUAGCCCUUGUAGAUAUACUCAAAAACUUUAACUGGACAUAUGUUUCAACGAUACAUUCCGAGGGAUCUUACGGUGAAUAUGGAAUUGAAGCUUUUCACAAGGAAGCCACCGAGCGGCAUGUCUGCAUAGCGGUGGCAGAGAAAGUGCCAAGUGCAGCAGACGAAAAGGUUUUUGACUCAAUUAUAAGUAAACUUCGAAAGAAGCCCAACGCUCGCGGAGUCGUCCUCUUCACAAGAGCCGAAGACGCGCGCAGUAUUCUUCAGGCAGCUAAGCGUGCCAACUUAUCACAGCCGUUUCAUUGGAUAGCAAGUGACGGUUGGGGGAAGCAACAAAAACUGCUGGAGGGACUGGAGGAUAUUGCCGAGGGCGCCAUAACAGUGGAACUGCAGUCGGAGAUAAUCGAGGACUUUGAUCGCUAUAUGAUGCAGCUGACGCCAGGGACAAAUCAAAGGAAUCCCUGGUUUGCUGAGUACUGGGAAGACACAUUUAAUUGCAUACUCUCACCUGUUUUGAAACAGACUAACGAAUCGAGCUCGGUUGAUUCUGAUGACCUAAGGGUCGGUAUUAAAACUAAAACUACAUGCGACGAUAGUUUUCGGCUGUCAGAAAAAGUUGGAUACGAGCAAGAGUCAAAGACUCAAUUUGUUGUGGAUGCUGUAUACGCAUUUGCCUACGCACUGCAUAACUUGCAUAACGAUCGCUGUAAUAUACCAAGCGAUCAAACGAUGGAACAACGAAAGCAUCACCAUAGUGAGUCUGUGUGGUAUCGAAAACCUUUGACUGAUAGCAAGUCGCAAGCUUGUCCCGAUAUGGCUAACUACGACGGAAAGGAUUUCUACAACAAUUACCUUCUGAACGUCUCAUUCAUAGAUCUGGCGGGCAGUGAAGUCAAAUUUGAUCGUCAAGGGGAUGGAUUGGCUAGAUAUGACAUUUUAAACUAUCAACGUCUUGAGAAUUCUUCAGGAUACCAGUACAAGCUAAUUGGCAAAUGGUUUAAUGGAUUGCAACUAAAUUCCGAAACAGUUGUGUGGAACAAGGAAACCGAACAACCGACAUCGGCUUGCUCACUGCCCUGUGAGGUGGGAAUGAUUAAGAAGCAACAGGGGGACACUUGUUGCUGGAUAUGCGACAGCUGCGAGUCCUUUGAAUACGUUUAUGAUGAGUUCACCUGCAAGGACUGUGGACCAGGGUUUUGGCCUUAUGCCGACAAGCUUUCCUGUUAUGCUCUGGAUAUUCAGUAUAUGCGACUAAACUCGUUAUUUGCACUUAUUCCGAUGGCCAUAGCAAUAUUUGGUAUUAUCGUGACAAUUAUUGUUAUUGUUUUGUUUGCGAAAAACCAUGAUACUCCACUGGUGAGAGCUUCCGGUCGAGAGUUGAGCUAUACGCUUCUCUUUGGCAUCCUGGUGUGUUACUGCAACACUUUUGCGCUGAUCGCUAAGCCAACAAUUGCUUCCUGUGUGCUGCAGAGAUUUGGCAUUGGGGUUGGCUUUUCCAUUAUCUACAGUGCUCUACUAACAAAAACAAAUCGAAUUUCACGAAUUUUUCACUCUGCGUCCAAGUCAGCCCAGCGCCUUAAAUAUAUUAGUCCACAAUCACAGGUGGUUAUUACAGCAUCCUUGAUCGCAAUACAGGUACUAAUCACAAUGAUUUGGAUGGUAGUGGAACCACCUGGAACGCGAUUCUACUACCCAGACAGAAAGGAGGUGAUACUUAAGUGCAAAAUUCAGGACAUGUCCUUUCUCUUUUCUCAGCUGUAUAAUAUGAUUCUUAUCACGAUCUGCACUGUUUAUGCAAUAAAAACCAGGAAAAUACCAGAAAACUUUAAUGAAUCAAAGUUUAUUGGAUUCACAAUGUACACCACGUGUAUUAUCUGGCUAGCCUUUGUGCCAAUAUACUUUGGGACCGGAAAUUCCUAUGAGGUCCAAACUACUACAUUGUGCAUUUCCAUAAGUUUAAGUGCUUCCGUUGCCCUUGUGUGCCUAUAUUCACCCAAGGUAUACAUACUCGUCUUUCAUCCGGAUAAAAAUGUUCGAAAGCUGACCAUGAACAGCACCGUCUAUAGGAGAUCGGCAGCAGGUGGAGCCGCGCCAACUAGCUCCGGAAUUAGUCGAACGCAGGCAGGAGGUGCCACCGUGCCGACAAAAGAAGCUGCAGUUGCUACGGCGACUUCAAGUGUUCCUCCAAUACAAAACAGUCCAAACCUUGAAGGCCAAAAACCGGUCAUCCACAAAAGUAAUGAAUAUAUUAACGGAGAAUUCGUGCCCGAAGAAUGUGAAUAUGUUGAGUCAGUUUGUAAUCAAACAAAGAAUUAGGUCUCCACCAAUAUAUAUAUCAUACUUCAAUGUUAACUAAGAACCGACGCUUUUGGAAAGACUAGUUAUCUUAUGGAAAUUUACAUUUUAAUUUAAAGGUUAAAGGUCUACGAAAUGUAAUUUUCUUAUCUUUGGAUAUAUAUAGUUCGGAGAACCUAUUUGAUGCAUCUAAAACCGAUGUAUCUUCGAUACAAGGUUUUUAUACCUUUGCAGAGGGCAUUAUAAUUUCAAUUAGAAGUUUACGCCUUGAAGGAGACACAUCGGUCCCCGUAAAGCAUAUAAAUUCUUAAUCAGCAUUGCCACCAGAGUUGAUUGACGUUUACGUCUUUCUAAUUUUAUGUAAGUUUUGAAGUCGCUGCAGGUAGUCGGUAGGUGGUUAAAUGGAACGUCCCGGAUCGAACGACUAUAUCAUAUAGUUUCCAUAGAAAAUUUAAAAAAAAAAUCGAAGGCCAAUUAUUUUUAUCGUAUAAGCAUGCUUUUCAUUAGAUCAUGUUUUCCAAAGACUCUUGAAUUACGAGAAAAAUUUUAUAGAAACCGACUCGAUUAUUUAGCUGCCACAGAAAAUAUUGAAAAACUCUAUACAAAAUUAAUAAAAAAUUCUAACCUGGUUUUUUUUUCUAUCUCAGAAGAUCCUAGACGUAACAAUCCUAUAGCUAUAGCAACCAUAGGAAAUAUAGAUAAAUAUAAAAUAAAUAGAAAUAAAAAUCACCGGUGUUUUUAUAAUGAAAGCAUGAUUUUUGGAACAUACAGUUUUCUAACAGCUCUUAUCUUACGAAUUUAAUUUUAUAGAAACAAUCGGAGAAGUUGUAGGAAAUUAGUAGAAAAGUCUUUUUAGCUUUGAUGUUGUUAAGCAUUCGUGCAUUUAGCUCGAAUUGUAGCAAUUCGAUACGGUAAUAGAUAUGAAACAAUUUUAUCUAUAAAACUCGGACUAAUAUAUCAUAAAGCUAUAAAGAGGACUUUAUCGCUGACGUAAUAAGGAUCGAACUAACAAUAGAAAAAAAUCUUGCCACCGUAGAUUUUUGAUUUAGGUUCGGUUGUGAAAGUUUCAGUUCGCCGAAGCUAGCUUCCUUUGUGGUUUUUAAAUUUGGAAAGUAAUUUGGGUUUUAUUGGUUAACCCAUGCGUAUCUAAUACGUAUCUAAUCAUAUCUGACAGUAUAUAAGUGAAACCGCUUUGUUGCAGUAACCUGUAAAUCCAAAAACAUCGAUGUUUGUGUUGUUUAGAUUUUAAUAAGAAAUUGUCACUAAUAUAUAAUAGGUAUAAUAAUUUUACAACUUUUAGCUUUAACCAUUUCGUUGCACCAGAAAUAUUAUAUAUAAAAGCCUUCUGAUCGGUUUGUAAUCAAAUUAUAUAAUACAUACAAUAAAGACAAAUAAAUUAAAAAUCAAUCAAACCAAAAUAUUAUCUGUUGUAUAGUUACUAUCUAAUUUAAGGAUGGCUUAGUUAUCCUGAUUGUACAAACAUUACCUUACUUCACGUUUUUAAGAGAUAUGCUAUACUAUGUAAAAGUAAUUUAAUUAGAUGUUAUACAUAUAAAAUUAAGUAAGUAGUGUAUUUCAGUUUCAGUAUUUAGUUUUUAACUUUUUUUAAAUGAAUAAAAAACUAGGGAAAUCCGACAAGAAAUGGAAAAAAUCAAUCUUGUACGAACUUAUUUAUUAAGACAGCGAUUUGAUUUCAAAAUAUCCGUUGCUAUCAUCAAGGAGGUUCAAGGUUCAAGGAGGUGAUAAAUAAAUAUGUACUUUAAUAAGUAAAUUUAAUAAGUAAGAUUAAGUACAAAUAAGUUGUUCUAUUAGCAGUAUUGGAAGCAAACUUAUAUAUUUUACACAGGCUUAAUUUAAACUAAAAGUUAUAAUUACAAAAACAAAAAGAAAAAAAAUUAAUAAAUGAAAAUUAAUAAUAAAAGAAACGAAGCUAGCUUCAUUCAGUAGUAGCUUUUGUAACAGCAAUAUACAAUAGCCGAUAACAGAUUUUAAUUUGAAAAAAAUCUUAAUUCAGGGGUCGUUUAAAAAAUGUUAUUAUAGGUAUCAGAAACUUUUUUAUUUUUUUCAUUAUUUUAUUUUCAUUUUUUUUCCCAAAAUGUUGCUUGUGAGAGUAGAACAACGACUUUAUACUUUGUGUUUAACCAAUUGUAUAUAGUUUUUCGAUCUUUUCUGUGUCAGCUACAUGAUAUAGUAGUCAAAUUUUUAAAAAAAAUUCUUAUCUAAAAAGUUGCUAUAAAACAAUAUAUAAAAUAAUAUAAAAACAAUA